AUGACCGAUAUCAUAGGUCUUGCGUAUGCUGGCCUUAUUAUUACCGGAGGUUUAGUUGGUUACUUCAAAGCAGGCAGCACAGUAUCAUUAGCUGCAGGGCUUGCAUUUGGAGUUGCUGCUGGUUUUGCUGUUUACUUCAAUAACAAUGUUAUGCUUUUAGUUGUUAGUUCCGGUCUAGCUUUGGUGAUGGGCAUUCGUUUUAUUCAUUCUGGUAAAGUUAUUCCUUCUGGAGUUGUUGCUGUUUUAAGGUAUGUUGCAUAUGCUCCUUUACGUCAUCCAUUACAUUGUAGUGUUCAUCAGUGA